AUGGAGGCAGAGAGAAGGCAGCUGCUGCAGCUGAUGGUGCUUCACACAGCCUGGAUGGUGGGGAGCGGCCAGCUCCAUUAUUCUGUGCCGGAGGAAUCCCAGCACGGCACCUUUGUGGGCCACAUUGCCCAGGAUCUGGGGCUGGAGGUGGAGGAGCUGGUGCCUCGGAUGUUCCGGAUGGUUUCCAAAGGACAGGAGGACUAUUUUGAGGUAAAUGUACAGAAUGGUGUUUUGUUUGUGAAUUCCCGAAUUGACAGGGAGCAGCUGUGUGCUCAGAGUCCCAUUUGCAUCAUUCAUCUAGAGAUGAUUGUGGACAAGCCUCUCAGGAUCUUCCAUGCAGAGGUGGAGAUCAGGGACAUAAAUGACAAUGCCCCCAUUUUCCCAGUAAAUGAACACCAACUAUUUAUUUUGGAAUCUAGGCUGCUGGGCUCCUAUUUUCCACUAGAGGGAGCUUCAGAUGCUGAUAUUGGUUCAAAUGGUCUGCUUACCUACAUCCUUAGUCCAAAUGAUCAUUUUCAGCUACGUGAAGAAAAGCAUGGAGAUCUCAGUAAAUCUUUAGCACUUGUGCUAUACAAUGCCCUGGAUCGAGAAAAAAUCUCUAUACAUCAUUUAUUGCUUACUGCCACUGAUGGGGGACAACCAGCGCUAACUGGUUCAGUGCAGCUGAAGAUAACUGUACUAGAUGUAAAUGAUAAUGUACCAAUGUUUAACCAGUCUGUGUAUGAGGUGCAUCUGGUGGAAAACAUCACAGAGGGAACAUCAGUCAUUACUUUGACUGCUUAUGACUUGGAUGAAGGAACAAAUAAAGAAAUACUGUAUUCGUUUAGCAAUAUGAUGCCUCCCCAUUUAAGGCAGGUUUUUUCCAUAGAUUCCAACACAGGUGAAAUCAAAACCAAAGGAAAAAUAGACUUUGAAGAUAUUAACUUAUUUGAAUUGCAAGUGGAAGCUGCUGAUCAAGGGUCCUAUUCUUUGGUCGGACACUGCAAAGUUCUGAUCCAGGUUUUGGAUGUGAAUGACAAUGCUCCAGAACUGUCUGUGACAUCCAUGUCUGUGCCAGUGCCUGAGGACUCCCCACUGGGGACAGUGGUGGCCCUGAUGAGUAUAUCGGACAGUGAUGCAGGCAUCAAUGCUCAAGUUAGUUGCUCCCUGUGGCCACAUGGACUUCCCUUCAGGCUGAUAUCCACCUUUAAGAAUUACUACUCACUGGUGCUGGCUGAAUCCCUGGACCGCGAGGAGGUGGCUGAAUACAGACUGGUGGUGACAGCCCAAGAUCAAGGGACUCCAUCAUUGUCAGCUAGCAGCAGCCUUGGUGGUGCCCAUCGGUGAUGUGAAUGACAAUGCACCUGCUUUUCCUCAGCCCUCCUACACGGUCUUUGUGAAGGAGAACAACCCACCAGGUGCUCACAUCUUCACAGUGUCUGCCUCAGACUCAGAUGUGGC